AGGCAGAAGCAGAGCAAGCCAAGGGGAUGUGUUCUGCUGUGUUGGUGUUAGUGCCUCACCCUAGCACUCCCAUAGGCAGAACAGAGGCCCUGUGCUGCAAAGGCAGUUUGGAAAGGCAAAGGUGACACAUCUUUCACUAACAUCUGCAAACCCCUGCAGCACUGACUGUUCCCACUAACCCCAUCCUCCUAGAAUACAAAGGUGCUCAGGGCAACCCAGCCCUGAAUUUUUGCUCUGUUGCUGCUUCUGUGGUUGAAGAUCUCCUGAAAAAUAGAGCAGUGAUUUUUUUCUUACAAUACUUGGCACAAAGCUGCUUGAGGAAGUAAAGGAAAAUUAAGUUGCACUAGUGUUUUCAAGUGGAAAUAAUACUAUUUUCAGGUUAUUUUUAUGUGAAGAUUUAUUCAAAGUACAAGAGGAAAGGGCAGAGCGAGCAGGGAACUGCAAGGUAGGAAGCUGGUGGUUUGCGUGGUGGGAGAGCACAGGCCUGUCUGCAAACACAGCAGCUGCUGAUUCUCUAACCAUGAGGUGUGAUAUGUGCGGUUUUCUUCCAUCAACAGACCCAAGUAUCCCUGUUGAGGCUGCAAUGGCAUGGUGGAAGGCCUGGAGUGAAGCAGAGGGUGUAUCUGUGACAGGUGCUUUAAACUUUGACCCUGCACCUGAUGCUCAGGCUCUGUACAAGGCCAUGAAAGGGCUUGGGACUGAUGAACAAGCUAUAAUUGAUGUCCUAACCAAGAGGAGCAAUAUUCAGCGUCAACAUAUUGCCAAGUCCUUCAAAGCACAGUUUGGAAAGGAUCUGAUUGAAAGCCUGAAGUCAGAACUGAGUGGCAACUUUGAGAGGCUCAUUGUAGCUCUCAUGUAUUCCCCAUACAAGUAUGAUGCCAAGGAGCUCUAUGAUGCCAUGAAGGGUGUGGGAACAAGUGAAGAUGUUAUUAUAGAGAUCCUGGCAUCCCGCACAAAAGCGCAGAUCAAAGAGAUAAUCAAGGCUUAUAAAGAAGCAUAUGGUUCUGAUCUGGAAGAAGACAUAAAAUCGGAAACAAGUGGCUACUUUGAACAGAUCCUGGUUUGUCUUCUUCAGGGUGAAAGGGACAAUGCCACUCUCUAUGUGGAUACAGCACUGGCUCGCCAGGAUGCAGAGGCUCUCUAUGCUGCUGGGGAGAAGAUAAAGGGCACGGAUGAGAUACAGUUCAUCACCAUCUUGUGCAAAAGGAGUGCCACACACUUGAUGAAAGUGUUUGAAGAGUACCAGAAACUGGCUGGUAAGAGUAUAGAAGACUCUAUCAAGAGUGAAACCAAUGGUUCACUUGAAGAUGCCAUGCUGGCUAUUGUGAAAUGCACCAAGAAUGUCCAUUGCUACUUUGCAGAGAGACUGUACCAUGCUUUAAAGGGGGUUGGCACCAGCGAUGGGACGCUUAUAAGGGUCAUUGUUUCUCGAAGUGAAGUGGACUUAAAUCUUAUAAAACCUGAAUUCAAACGUAUUGCAGGAAAGACUCUCUCCAGUAUGAUUCUGGAUGACACCAGUGGUGAUUACAAGACAGCCUUGCUGAAUCUCUGUGGCAGUGACUGACAAAAUCUAGGACGAAGCUGCUGAUAUGGAUUCAGUAAGAAAAUUAAUAGUGAACAAGUGUUUGAAAAUGUAUAUACAGAAAAUCUUUCCAUUGAUCCAAGGGGGGAGAAAAAGAAGAUCAAAUUAAUAGUGAAAAUUUCCAAGGCUCUCUGAAAGAUGUGGAUGCACAUGAAAAGCUAUUCCUUCCCCAACAGUUUUUCAAAUAGAAAUGGGAACAUUUCUUUUAUCGUUCCCAUUCUGUUCCAUGCAGUUCCCCUUCUCUUUCAACACAGGGUGGUACUUGGGUGUGAAAUUAAAGGCUCUUUAAACCCA